CGGCAAAAAGAAAUCUUGGGGAACAAUAAGAGGUGCCCGCGCAAUAUGCCAGUUCAGUGUGCAUUUUCACCGUCAACAAGAGAUUCGGAAUGCCUAGAGAAAUAGAGCCUUCUAUUAAUGAGAAGCAGUUCUUUUCGAAAGCUCUCAAAGAGAACUUGAGAAUUGAUGGAAGAGGUUUUGAUCAAUUCCGAGCUCUAGAGUUAGAGUUUGGGGAUGAAUAUGGAGUUGCAGAUGUGAGAUUGGGAAAGACGAGGUAAGAGAUACGAUCCAGUAUAUGCGCGACGGAGAGGCACACUUUAAUAAUUAGUUCAACCAUGGGGUUGUCAAGAUUUUUUACCGAGACUAAAAUUUCUCCAGGGUCCUCGUCAACAUCACAGCUGAAGUAACGAGUCCGUUUCCGGACCGUCUCUUUGAUGGUAUCUUCACCAUUACAACAGAACUCUCACCUAUGGCCUCCCCUGCUUUUGAAACCAACAGGCCAACCGAACAAGAAGUACUGCUUUCUCGCCUUCUCGAAAAAACCUUACGUCGUUCUGCGGCUCUCGAUACUGAAUCCCUCUGUCUGAUUGCUGGUCAGAAAUGCUGGUCCGUCCGCGCAGACGUUCACAUUCUGUCGCAUGACGGGAAUCUCAUUGAUGCAUCAUGCGUUGCUAUAAUAGCGGCAUUACAGCACUUCAGAAAACCAGAUACGAGCACAGAAGGUGAAACGGUGACUGUCUACACACUAGCGGAGCGAGAGCCUGUGCCCUUGAGCCUUUUACAUUUCCCACUCUGCGUAACAUUUUCGUUUUAUGGAAAGGGUGAAGAGCAGGCUAGACUACUUGAUACUACGUUGUUGGAGGAACAAUUGAGGGGGGGGAGCUGUACCAUUAGUAUGAACCGACAUGGAGAAGUUUGUCAAAUCGCCAAGCUCGGUGGUAUAGCAGUUGAUGCCUUGGAGUUGUUACAGUGUACGAAUAUGGCGCUGGAGAAAGUCAAGGAUAUAUCUGCAUAUAUCACAAAGAGGUUGCUAGAAGACUCGAGGAAAAGAGAUAGGGGAGGAAUCAUGGCUGAGCUUAGAGCAGACAAUUCAAGAUGAUAAAGAUAAAGAUUAUGUCUGACGUAUGACUGACUUUAUACUCACUUCCUCUGCGAAAAAAGCCUCCU